CGGGGGAAGGAGGCAGCCGAGGGGAGCGGAGCGGAGGAGGGAGGAAAGGAGGAGGAGGAGAAGGGAGUGGGAGGGGAGUGUGGAAGACUCUAAGGGAAGGCGGCGGAGGCCAGGCGAGGAGUCACGGCGGACGGCGGUGAAGGCAGAGGUGUCGGGGAAGGACAAGGGCGGCUUCGGGCACCCACAGCCACAGCGCGGGGCAGCCGCCCCGGCCCGCCCGCCGCGCUCCGCCCUCCCUCCUUCCCUCCCUCCGGCACCAUGGUGGACAGGGGCCCCUUGCUGACCUCGGCCAUCAUCUUCUACCUGUCCAUCGGGGCGGCGAUCUUCGAGGUGCUGGAGGAGCCUCACUGGCGCUCGGCUACCGACGACUACAAGCGGCAGAAGACGGAGCUACUCAAGCAGUUCCCUUGCCUGGGCCAAGAGGGGCUGGACAAGAUCCUGCAGGUUGUGUCGAAUGCUGCUGGACAGGGUGUUGCCAUCACUGGGAACAAUACUUUCAACAACUGGAACUGGCCUAACGCUGUGAUCUUUGCUGCUACUGUGAUCACCACAAUCGGUUACGGAAAUGUUUCUCCAAAGACACCCUCUGGGCGUCUCUUCUGCAUAUUUUAUGGGCUCUUUGGAGUUCCUCUCUGCUUGACAUGGAUCAGCGCUCUGGGGAAGUUCUUUGGAGGACGUGCCAAGAGGCUGGGCCAGUUUCUGACGAAAAGAGGAGUAAGCCUGAGGAAAGCACAAAUUACAUGCACAGCUAUUUUCAUUGUUUGGGGUGUCUUGGUCCACUUGGUUAUUCCUCCCUUUGUCUUUAUGGUGACUGAAGGAUGGGAUUACAUUGAAGGCCUCUAUUUCUCAUUCAUCACUAUCACCACCAUAGGAUUUGGAGAUUUUGUUGCUGGUGUAAAUCCAGAUGCAAACUAUCAUGCCCUUUACAGAUAUUUUGUGGAGCUAUGGAUCUAUCUGGGACUAGCUUGGCUUUCACUCUUUGUUAACUGGAAGGUCAGUAUGUUUGUCGAAGUCCACAAAGCAAUCAAGAAACGGAGGAAAAAAAGAAAAGAGUCGUUUGACAACCAUCCUCGGUCUAAAAAACCCCUUCAAAUGGGUACCUCAAAGGAUGUCAACAUUUUCAGCUUCCUUUCAAAGAAAGAAGAGACCUACAAUGAUCUUAUUAAGCAAAUUGGGAAGAAGGCCCUGAAGACAAACAACGACAAAAUGAUUAAAGUAGAAAAUGCCAAACAAAAUAUGCAGAAUGCCAGUAUGGAUGCCCAGGUGACUUACACAAAGACAGAGUCAUUUGAGUAUGAAGAGGCUUCUCUGGACGUUCAAAAUGGUCAUGUACUGAGACCCCUGCAUGAUAAACGUAUUGGAGACAGCCCUCUAGAAGGAACCAUGUUCGUAAACCAGCUAGACAGGAUUAGUGAAGAAGAAGGCGAAGUGUGGGAUUCCAGAGACUAUCGACCCUUAAUAUUUGAGAAUGCCAAUAUAACAUUUGUAAAUGAAGAAGAAGAUGAAGAAGAAGAUAUCUCAGAUGAUGAGGAAACGUCAAAAUCCUCCAUGGAUGAUAAUCUUGCAGAGGAAUCUGAAACUGCAAAAAAACUGGUAAAAUUCCCAUCCUCUGAUGAAUCUACCUUUACCAACAACGAGCUAGAACUUUCUGUGCCUUAUGAACAACUGAUGAAUGAAUAUAAUACAGUAAGCAAUGUGAAGGCUGCAACGUGAAACAUGUUUGACAAUGGUUUUCUGAAAGUGGUCAGUGCAUAUUGAACAAACUAACAGAGCAAGGAGAAAAGCAUGUUUUUGCAGUUUCUCCUGUCUCUUUGAAAACAAAAGCAAGUCCCAAACUAAUAAACUCCAGUGUCUUUUUCCCAUCCUAAGUUGGUUUCUGAGCCCAUCAGCUUUGCUUCUCCGAAAAACUUGUGAAAUAACAGUUGAAUUUGGAGUCCUGCUCCUCCUUGGGAUUUUAUGGUUCUUGAACAAAGUAGAAAAGAAAAGACUAGUUAAUACACUGGACCUGCUCUACGUUUAUGCAUUUCAUUGAGGAAUUAGUUUGGGAGUGUAACUAUACUGUUGCAAAGAGACUGUUUUGGGCAUCAAAUGUGUUCGGUUACUCCAUUAACCUUUCACCUCUGAAAACCUGGAUUUGAAUCCUGCUUUGAUCACAAAUGAAAGCAAGGGGUUUGCUUUUUUUUUUUGUUGCCCAUUGCUAAGUUGUUACCACAAAAAAAAAAUAUGGUGCAACCGCUAGUUGUACUUAAUUAGAAACUUUAGAUGGAAUACCAGGACACACAGGUCUGAGCUGAGGUGUGCUGGCAGACCAAGGAGGAGGCUUCUGAAACAUCUGUCUAGAAUAUGUCAGUGCUUGUCAAAUUGUAGCGAAUUGUAAUUUCAUAAAUAAAAUAUUAAAAUUAAAAAUUCCGAAGGAAUGGAUUAAGAAGGAGCCCUCUAACAAGGAAGAAUCAUCUGGGAUGACGCUCACCGAUUGGGCUGCUAAACAGCACAUCAGCCCCAGAACUGUUAUAAGAGUUAAGUGACUGGAAGACCUGUUGAUCAAAGCAUGUUUGAGCACAAGCAGGAUGCAAUGAACUUUUUUAAUGUUGAAAGUGUCCUUCCACUGUCCAGUUCCUAGCGGAAAUACUUGAAUGAACCUUAUACAGUAUCUAAUGUACAGGUGAAGUUUUAUUGACACUGUUCUUCUGAGGGGGGGGAAAAAAAUCACCCUGGGAGGCACAGAUAUUCUCCAAAUGCCCUAAUGCCUGUCAGAAGGGACCCGUAGCACUGCUGCUGAUCUGCGCAGUGUGUUAGUCAGUAUUGUUUGAUGUUCCUCCCUGCCUUGGUACUUCAGAAUAGACUUGAAUGAGAGAUGAUUUUUUUUCAAACAGUUGAUUACACUUUGCUUAUUUGUUUUGUUUUAAAGUUUGACCUAUGUGUAUAUAUACAAUGGUUAUUCUACCCCAUUUUCAAGAAGGCUGGGCUGGGCAAUGUCAAAUCUUGGGCAAACUGAGAUGAGAUCAGGUGACUUAAGGCCAUAAGGCACUUUCAAAAAGGAACUUUGUCUCUAAGCUCAUGAAAGUAUUAACUUUUGGCUUGGAGAUGAGCUUCUCGUUGAGAAGGAAGUAUGUCUCUUCAUAACAUUUAUGCCCGAAUUGUUUUGGCUACAAAGAAAACUAUACCGUGGUUUUAUUUUUCUUUCUUUUUCGAUAUCUAUGGGUUAACCCUGACAACUCUUUCAAAUGAGGCUCUUGAUUAUGUGUUGGCAAAAGGUACUGACUACAGUUGUAUCCAACAUACUUGGAACAGAAAAUAGCCAAGACCUUUGAACCUUAACAUAUCAAGUUCUGUUGUUCUGGUUAGUUUUACAGUAUUUAAGUCAUUCCAGUAUGUCUGAAAGUUUCCAAAGUUCAGUGAACAGUUAAAAAUUGUCUCAUGCUUGUUUUCGAUGUAAUGCUGGCAGACUCACUAGCUCUGUAAGAAGAGCUUAUGGAAUCUUGCAACGCUAAUCUUGAAUUACUAGCUAUUUCUAAUAACUGCAAAUAUUGGCUGUAGCUUCAGUUGCUGGCCUCUUCCGCAGAAGGAGGAGGACAUAUGGGAAACUGGCACUCUGGUUGGAGAGCCUGUUGAUGGGAAGUUUUGAAGUCACCUACUGUGAAACAAGGGACUGUCUUUACUAGUCUUUUUUUCAGAAUUUUCGACAUAUAUGACACUUUUUCAAUUGGACUUGGUAGUUAAUCUGUGUUUUAUGAUUAUAUCGCGGAAGAGAGAUUCUAAUUUGAAAUAAAAUUUUAUUCUAUUACUGCUAUUUGGAGCAGGGGUGGCUGGGUGAGUUUGGCUUAUAUCUGACAGGAAACGAGGGAGAGGUCCUAUCACGAAGAUUCUGAUUUACUUCUAACAGAUACCCCCAUUGUUUAAAAAUGACUCCAAGCCCUUCAAGCAUUUCUAUAUAUCUGAAGCAUUGUGGUUGACAACUAUAUCUUGUAACUGUAAGAAAUGGUAGGUAAGACUACAUGCACGAUACACAGGAUGCUUGUGUAGCAAGUGUAGCCUUCUCCUUUUUUUUUUUUUUAAAUUAAAAAAGUGCACAUUAACUUAAAGAAAAAUGAGAAAGCACUCCAUAUAGCUUUUGUUGUCCUCCAACUUGUCUUCCAUUAUAGAUGCAAAGAUCAAGGUUUUAGUGACAGUUAGAAAGCUACAGGACAGUGAGGAGAGAAAAGGCUUGCUGAAAGUGCAUGAAAUGGAAAAGUGUAGUCCAAUCAUCAUUUAAAAAACAAGAAAAAAUAUCUCUCUAAUACAGAAAUAAUACAACCCAGACGCUUGGCUGGGCUGCUUUGAUUGGGAAGAGGAUGUUGCACACUGGAACCCAGACUCUCCGUUCUCCGUAGCAAAGUGCACUUGUACGCCAGAGCUGAGAAUGGAUGGGAUCUGUUUCAUAUUAUCAAGUUAGAUGUGGCUUUCUGGCCUUUCCCAGUGUAGUCAGCAUAGACCAUAAGUCUGCCUAAUAAGUAUCAUGGGAUUUCAAGUAAUAGUUUAAAUUUAUUAAAACAAAGUACAAUAUUCCUGCUUUUUGGGGAAACAUGAUCGCACCUCACAAAACUGUUCUCAAGACAUCCCACCAUGUGCCUUAAUGUAAUCCUAACACUGGGAAAAAAUUCCUCUUUACACAGGGGCCAACACAAUUGGUCUCGUUAAGCCCUACUUGUUUUCAGUGUUUUGGAGAGGUUUCAUACUGUCUCUCUCCAAAAAGUUGAACCAUUUCCCAGGGUUUUUAAAAAUAUGGUGCCAUCUCAGAACUGCCGAAGUGCUGAGCAAGACAGCUUUUUGCCUGCCUGUCUUCCACAUCUUGAGUAAAGCAGCUGCCUGGGGGACCUACAGUCUUUCUGCCUUCAAAUUUACAUGUAGUGAAUAAGAGGGGUGUCCAGGCUGGAGCUGUUCAGCCCCAGAAGUGCCUCUGAGUGAAUUCCCCAGUGCUACUUGGUAAGGUCUUGUAGUUAUUUCAGUUAUCUGGUCAAUCUGGAAACAUUUUCUUUGGAUGCCACAUAAGAUUUCAUUUGGCUAAUCAAUUAUGUUAACAGCUCUCUUAAUGCUAAAGAAUUGGUUUUAUAGGUGAGACAGAUCUCUUCCUGGAAAGAGAGGAAAGGAGAUUUUUUUUUUUUUUUAAGUGCGGGGGGAGUGGCUUUUAAGCACAUCUAAGGAAGGGAUGGAAUAGGAGUGGAAACUUCUUUCUAGCUAUUGCCUACAAGUAGAUUGUAUUUCCAGUCACAUCAUGUGAAGUAUGGGUCCACUUUCACAAUAUAAACUUACUCAUUUUGCGAAGAUGAGCCAGUACUUUUUAAAAAAAAAAAAGAAAAAUAAAAAAAAAUUAAAGAAAUCCUGAAAUGUGACAACGAAAGUCUGUUCCUACAAAAGCCCUUUUAAGUGCUAUAGACUAUGUGACCCCAUCCUUCAUGACAGCAUUGUGGCACUGCUUGUUUUGUCUUGUGCUAUUGAAGCCUAUUUUUACCAGAAGGGCAUCAUUUCAGAUACGUAUCUCAUAGUGGGCAGUCUAACACAUCUGAUACACUGGUACGAAAUCACUAAGGAAAUACAAAAAGCGGUGUGUUUAAAUUUUUCUGAACGAAUGAUUUGUGAAUCUGUUGCUGGCAAUGGAUGUCACAAAACAUGCAGACUGAUAACAGAUCCAUGGUAACACAGUUGUAUAUGUUGAGAUUAUUCUUUUUUUUCCUCCAGUUGAUCUGGGAGAGUACGUGUAGAGACAGACAAGCAUCACUGAUGAGGAGAGCAAAAAGCAAUAUACAAGUCUGCUGACCUAAACAAAAAAACUCAAGAACUCUGUUGUAGACUUGUAAGUUUUGUGCCUCGUGGGAUUCAUUCCGUUUGUGAUGGAUUUACCUUUUUAAAAAUUAUCUGGUCUUUCAUAUGGCUUUUGAAGUUUGUACAGUUCUGACUCGUAUCACUCCAUAAUAUGCCUGUCUGUCUGUUCUCUGUUGCUGAUUGUCACUGGAAUCACACUGUAUGUAAAUAUUUGCUAAGUCUUUGUAAAAUGUAAUUUAUUUUAAUAUUUUGCAAUAAAAAUUUUACAAUUUA